AUGACCUCCUCGCCAGCUCCAAGCACCCAUAUUGCUCAUACCCUCCUCUCACGCGCCCAUUCUCCCGAUACCGCAUCCCAACAAUUCACAGAGCGCAUCAAGCAAAAACCACUUUUCCUACGCCCCACGUCGCCCUCCGCAGCAGACAACCGCUCUCGAAGACGUCGCCACCGCCUCUGGAAGAAAGAGCACUUCCUCAAACACCAGCGUCCGCAGCCCCUAUCUGCACGCGAGAAGCGCUCCUCGGGCCUUUACGAUUUGCCCAAGGAGGAAUGCAAACACGCUAUCUUCAAAGGAUUGCAUGCGCUUUGGGUCGGAUACAUGCAGGAGAUCCUAGACCUGAAGGUCGGCGGGCGUAAUGGCUUAGUAACCCCUAUGUCGCAUGGCGCUAAGCUGGUCAGCGCGGAUUACCACGGCGCGGAGGUGGAGGUUGUGAGAAGUCGAUGUGCCAGCCGCGUGGGAGUUCAGGGGAUUGUGGUGCGAGAUACAAAGUUUACGUUUGUGAUUGUUACAGAGAAGGACGAAGUGAAGACGAUACCGAAAGAACACACAGUCUUCCGCUUCACAGUACCACUCCCGAGCACGACAGAAUCUGCGGAGGGCGAGAAUAACCAACAAAAACCGACACCCGAGGCACCAAAACCGCUGGUUUUCGAGCUGCAUGGGAGCCAAUUUGAGAAUCGACCUGUUGAUCGAGCGAACAAAAAGUUUAAGUGGAGGAAUAUCGACUAUGUAUAG